AUGCAGCUGUUCCCCCGGUGCUCCUUGGAUCCGUGCCCGGCUCGCUGGUCUCUCUGUGGUUGCAAAGUACAGCCGCGCCAGAGGUGGUCCAUGUAUAGUGCUGGCAAGGGCUAUGGCUCCAAGGGUAGCUCCAAGGGUGGAUCCGGAAAAUCCAAAGGUGGAUCCAAGGGACCCAAGGGAUCCAAGGGAUCCAAGGGGUCAGAUGGUGCAGAUGAGUCGGAUAUCUUGGUGAUCGGUGCUGGCUGUACUGGUGCCCUUGUUGCGGCCCUGUUGCCACUGGAGGCACAGCGACGUGGCGUGCCGAAGCCGCGGGUGUCGGUGUGGGAGUGGGGUCGGGGACCGGCUGGGCGCAUGACCAGUUUCUGGAGCGAAAGGGAUGGUGCUCGUGUGGUGGCAGAUGUUGGUGCUCAGGUGAUUUCGUUGCAGGACCCCAGCAGAUUGCCACCAUGGAUGCAGGAUGAAGUAAUGGUUGCCGAGAAUUUGUCUGACACCAGCGAGCGACGGAAAGAUUGGUAUCACUUCUAUGCCGUUGGAGGCUUGCCCAGCCUGCAGAGGGCAUCAUUGACACAGGCGGAUGUGAUGGAACUGCACUUCAACCGUCGGGUAAUGAACCUGCGCUAUGAAGGCCGUUGGUGGGCCAGCUAUUCAGAGAGGGGCACGCCCAGGUCCGCCCAGUGGCAGGACUUUGGGCUCCUGAUCUUCGCAGGCACGGCCCAAGAUGCUCUGAAUCUCUCCGGCCUUCGCGACAACUUGGCGCCGCAACAGUUGCAGGCCAUGCGAGGGGUUCGAUACGACCACCGGCUCGCUUUGGCCUUGAUCUUCAGGGCACACCUGGCAUCGCGCUUGGAGAAGCUAUGCCAAGGACGGGCUGAGUUGGUGGUAGAGGAUUCGCCCAUCCAUUUGAUUGCGCGGCAAGAUGUGAAGGGCAGAAGCCACGACAAUGCCGUGGCGCUGGUCUUGCAUAGCACUCCAGCUUUCGCGGCAUCAAACCUGCAAGUUGCCAAACAAUACAAUCGUCCGCCGAAAGAGCCUGGAAAGGCCGCACUGAUUUCGAGCCUGGCCGAGUUGCUGCAGAUGAAGGUACCUGAGCUGGAAAAGGAGGUUCUGGACAGCAAAGUGGUGCAUUGGCGACAGUGCCAAGUCCAAAAACCCUUGCAAGACCUCGGCUCCGCCAUGUUGGUGGAUCCCAUGUUGAUCUUGGCCGGGGACUAUUUGGCCCAGGAUGCAGCAGGCUCCUUCCAGGGAUGCUUGGACUCGGCGGAGGCGGCUGCUACGAUGGCAUGUGAUUUGCUGUAUGGCCCCAGCGAGAAACCAGCUGUGCGCCGCUGGGGCAAGCAACAAGCCACCAAGGAAGAGGCUGAUGGGCCAGCAGUAUCUGGUAAGCGCUGGAGGGCCAAGGGAUGACCAUGACUUCACAGAUCCUGGAUCUUUGGCCUCGAGGGCUGAUGAUCGCAGAUCGAGGACGGCACCGGAGCCUAUGUUGACUUCACGGGAAGAUGCUUUCUGGCAAAGGACACCAUGUAGAUUCGCGUUUUCGGAGCGCUCGAGUGUUGAGAUCGGAAGCGGAAGCUUCGGAGAUUUCCGAAGGGCGCCUUGCCUGCGAAGUGGUUUGACAAGAUCUCACUCUGCUAUAGUGCCCCAAAGUCAGCUGGUGAUGCUCCCAAGUUUUCCAAUUCAACGACUUGUUUGCUGCAAGCAGCUGCAAAAAUUCUUGGCCACGAUUCGUAGAUGCUAUACUUUCCUUACAUGGACGUGCCAUGCGCAAUUUCGUUUAGGCAGUGAUACAAUCCCAGGGACUUGACGUCCAGCGGCGGUUAAAAAAGGAGGAUUUUCG